UCUUGGUACUUCCGGUCUUGUAGGGCAGGACAGGUGCAUAGAGAACUCCUCAGAGGUCUGUACCUCGAGGGCUGCCAUGGAAAGCCUUGACAGAUUCUGUCAGGACUGGUGCGACAGCAAGCAACACUGGUUGGAGAUCGGACCCCCGGACUUGGUGGAGCGCAAGGGCUCCCUGACCCUUCGCUCCCAUCACAAGAAAUAUUCGAAGCCGGUGUUGGUGUAUUCCUGGCACCGUGACAGAGAAGCUUUUCCCAAAGAUUAUGAUAUAGAGGGUCCUGAGAAAAUUAAAAAGCUGUGUAAUUCAACAUAUCGGCGACUUGGAACCGAUGAAUCCCCAAUGUGGGUAUCAGAAACACAUGAAAAGUUGUCACAAGUGUGUUUAAACACAGAAUGGGCUGAAAUGAAAAGCAAGGCCUUAUUGAAUGAGGAAACAGUGAGCUCUGGGAUUAUUGAAAGGGUCACCGGAUUGCCUGCCACAGGUUUUGGAGCUGUCUUUCCUAGACAUCCAGCAGAUCGGAGCAAAAUGUGUGCACUGACAACGUACUCAGAAGAUUAUGUUCCACCAUAUGAUUAUCAGCCACAUGCUUAUCCCUGUCGAGAUGAUUAUUCCAUAGUCCACAGAAAAUGCCGUUCUCAGUUCACGGAUCUAAAUGGUUCUAAAAGAUUUGGCAUCAACACUUGGCAUGAUGAGAGUGGGAUUUAUGCUAAUUCAGAUGUAAAACGGAAACUCUAUCCCUUGACUGGCAGUCCUAUCACACCCAUUUAAAAAUAAUGUAUAGAAUCAGCAUCUCUAAUGAAAAAUGGAUGUAGCAGUUGAUGAUUUUCUAUCUUAAUAAAUGCAGUGGAAGUAUUAGUAUAGUA